AUGGCGCCCCCCCGCACGAACCCCCUCAAGGAAGCCCGCUCCUGCCUCACCCUCUUCACUCACUCCCGCUCCACCCGCUGGCCCUCCCGCACCGGCCUCGCAACCGACAUCCUCCUCUUCCUCUCUAUCCUCUUCGCGGUCGCGCAACUCGGCUUGUGCGUCGCCAUGGCCCAUCGUCUACUCACCUCUCCCCAAAGCGAAGUCGACUGCUUGAAUGUAGAUGCCGGUAGCAACUUUGACUUCACCAAGUACGGGAUAUACGGGGAUACGUAUGGGAUUGUGUUGACUAGCGACGUGAAGACGUUGCCGGUGCUGUAUGCGAAUGUGGAUCGCGAGAAGUUCUGGCAUGGAAUGGAUGUUGGGAUUAACAGUACGGACCCGGGGCUGACGGGGCCCGAGUAUCUUAGUGGGAAAGAGAGGGGAGGGGUCUUCACGAUCAUAGCAAUCCUGAUCUUCAACCCGCUUCUCCUAGUCGUCGAUCUCCUCCUCCUCCUUCGGAGCCACUACCGCUCCGCACGCAUCUCCAACCGUGCCGGCAUGCUCUGGUCUACCUGCCUCGCCAUCUACUUCGUGCUGGUCGCUUUGGGCACUGUUUGGAUGAAUACUUUCCCCAGUAGCAAGAUCGAUUAUAGGUUGGAGCACACUGUGGCUCUCACUAGGGAUUCGUGUUGGCAAUACGAUAAGACGAUGUAUACGUUGGAUAGGUGGAGUCGAUGGGCGAAGGGGAUUGAACGGGGUUGUGAGGUUUUGGGCUUGUUGGGAGCGGUUUGCAUGGCUAUCUACUUCGGCUUCGCGCUCGCUGCUGCAUACAUCAACCGCAAGACAGACGCGCAACAGUCCAUGCGACUAGACGAUCUCAGCGGCGCUUCUUCCCUUACUCCGGCCCAACAAAACCUUCGCGACUUCCCUUCUUCGAGUCUCGGUGCUCAUGCUACGCCUGUUCCGCUGAACAACUUCGGUCUCACAUUCAUCGAUGGUACUCCAGGCCAGCAGCCGAAGACCGCGACAUCACGAGCGUCGCCCGAGGACCUAGAAGCGCAUACAAAUCCGUUCACGGAUCCGGCGAAUCUGAUCAGGGAUGGAGAUGUUGUGCCGCCAGAGCCGGCAAGACAAUGGAGAUAG